AAAAUUGAAAAAGGAUGGAUCAAGCAAGUUAAUGAAAUUUUCCAUGGAAGUGUGUGUUUUGACCACCUCCUUCCUACCCCUCUGGUAGUUCCAAAACUCAUCAAAAUGUGAAACUUAUUUUUUAAUUCAGUUGGUUUUACGUCGUUUAAGCCUCAAAGAGAAUUAAAUAGAGGAACAAUCAAUUAAAAUUUGGAAAUAAUGUUUAAAAUCUUUUGGGAUGAAAAGUUUUUCCUACCCGAAAAUGUAACAUGGAAAGACCUCGAGCCAGGAAUCAGAGAUGGUGUCAUAUAUAGGAAUUACAAUGAUUUGUUAUGGUCAAUACCAUUGGCAAUACUUUUAAUAGUAAUAAGAUUGUGCUUUAUUAAACACUUCUGCAUCCCACUAAGUCAUAUUUUGAAAAUUAAAUCAAAGAAAGUAAAGAUGCCAUUUGAAAAUGCUGUUCUUGAGAAGAUGUAUAGAAAAUGUCAAACGCUACCAACAAAAAUGGAGCUCGUGAGUUUGAUGAAGCAAACUGACAUAUCGAUUAGAGAAAUUGAGAGAUGGUGGAGGAUGAGAAGAAUGCAUGAUCGACCGACUUCAAUAGACAAAUUUGGUGAAAACUGCUGGCGCUUUUUGUUUCAUAGUUUUAACUUCACAUUCGGUCUGUCAAUUUUGUGGAAUUCAUCAUAUAUAUGGAACUUUAUUGAUUUGUUUCGUGACUAUCCAAGACAUUCGCUUGACAAUGGCUUUUGGUGGUAUUACAACAUUACUCAAGCCUUCUAUAUAUCCCAGACAUUACUUCAUUUCUUUGAAACUCGUCGGAAAGACUUUUGGCAAAUGUUUAUCCAUCACAUCCUCUCAAUCACAUUAAUCAUGACAAGUUGGAUAUUUAAUUAUAUUCUAUGUUUUUUAGUAGUGAAUUUUUUUCAUGACAUCGCCGAUGUUUUUUUGGAAGGAGCAAAAACCUUUAAAUACGCAAACUAUAAAACACUUUCGACAGUAUUCUUCAUUUUAUUUCCGAUAUCAUGGAUUAUCACACGAUUAGUAAUAUUUUCAAAAUAUAUUUACUGUGGAAUUUUUGAAACUUCGGCAUUAUUCAAGCAUUUUCCUUUCUUUUAUAUAAUAAUAUUAAUGCAUCUACUUCUCUUUGCACUCCACAUUUUAUGGACAUUUGUGAUCAUUCGAGCUACAUCAAAUUUUUUAACACAUAAAAAAAUUGGUGAUUACAGAUCAAGCUCAGAAAAUGACAGUGAAGAUAAUUAAGGACUUAAAUAUUAAAAGUUAUUAAGGUUAAAAUUUGUAAUUGCUGAUUCAAAAAAAAAAACAAUUCAAAACUCUCAAUGGCAAAGCAAUGGAUUGGAAAACUAAUAAUUCCUUUGACUACGUAUCAAAGUUAACGUCAGAUUAAACAACAUUUGACUUAAUUCUCCCCCCUUGUAUAGUUGAUAACCCCUUCAUAUGAAUAUUCAGUAUCUUUCCCGGGUGGACACAGCCAGUUAAAGUCCAUUAUUGGACAAUCAUUUAACAGUCUUUUAACUUGUCGAAAUAUAUACGACAUAGAGAACUAUACGUUAACUAGACUUUAACUGGACAUAUUCAUGCUAAUCAACCAAGUGUUCCUUAAUAAUUUUCCUUACUUUUUUGACCAUAUACUUCACAAGCGCUUGCAGAAAUCACUUAUAUAAGGUCCACCAAAAUUUGUAUGAAACUUUUAAGUAAAUAUAAUUGUUUCACGCGUAAGUGUUCGAGACUCAAUUUUUACUAGAGAUUUUUCAUAAGUGAUAGUGUACUUUAAUUAAUUAAUUACACUAAUACAAUAAUAAAAUUUUACAAAAGAAAAAAAUAUGGAGAAAAAGACACGUGUUAUUUAUUUUAUUUCGAUUUUUUUGUAACUGGACAUUAACUAGACAUAUUUGCAAUUCCUAUGUCCAGUUAAAUGGAAAGCGCAAAAUAUGUCAUUAGUCGUCCCUAAGUCUAGUUGCAAAGGCACGUCAAUGGAUACUUACUCGCCGUGAACAGGCAAGUUAAUGGCAAGCUUUUAACUAGUUCUUUGUCCACUCAGAAAUUUCUGAUCAUGGAACAGUAAAGAUCAUUGUGAAUUUAUAAAGAAAGAGAUUUAUAAAGUCUCUUUGAUUAAGUUUAUUAAUAAAUAAACCUUUUGUUCAUCAUAUCCAACAAUUUCGGAUUAUAAAAGUUCCAAUAAUUUACAUUUAAACUUAAAAUAUCAAAAUUAUUUAUGAUUCGAUAUUAUUUGACAGACACAUAAAACUAUAGUUCAAUUUUCAAACAGAUAUUGAUUUUUCAGUGAUGAUAGAGAUAUUAUGUAAUAUCAUGCCAUAAAUUUGAGUUCCCUCCAUAAUGAUAAUUUAAAAAUAUUCAACUAAAUCGAUGAUUGGAUUUGCUGUUCGCUGUUCUUGACUGGAUUUUUUAAUCUGUAUCCUACAAUAGUAUUUAUAUCCUGCAUAAAUAGUUCCG